GCAAACCAACGACGAGCGGAUAAGGCAAAAUACCUCAGCAGCGAAAAAAACACGAAAAGCCAGAAACUGAAACUGAAACACAGCAAAACAACUCGAACUUCGUGCAGUGGCAGUGGCAAACCAAACAGAAAAGAAACAUAAACCAGAAAAGAAGCGAAUCGAGGCGUAAAUAAACAGAGCGAAUUGGAGCGAGCGUCAAAGCCGAAAAUCGAAAAAAAGAAACACACCAAACUCUUGCAAACAAAGACGUUUUUCCGGAAAACGCGCGGAAAAGUGAAUUUCAAUUUUUUUCGAGUGAAAGUUGGGCGCCCAGGCCCACGCCCACCCAACGCAACCACGCCCACAAUGAACCGUUCGAACAGUUUUGUUAGCUCGCUGAAGUGGUGGCCACUGCAGGGUCACAACAACCAACCGGUGGCCGUGGCGCCACCUACCGGCGGUGGCGGCUACUCCCAAUCGGCACCGAGCUCACCAACUUCAAAUUGGCCACCGCCAUUGCAACAGCACCAGAAUCCCCACCACGGCGGCACACCCACCGCCCACCGGCUGAUGCCGCCCACCGCCCACAAGGCCGGCGGAAUCGUGGGCGCCACCUUCGGCAGCAGCGUCGCCGUUCAGAAGCUGCGCGAAUCCAAGUGGUUCAAGCCCGAGGAGCAGCGCAUCUUUUGCGCCGUCGUCGAGUGCGGAUUUAUUGUCGAGAUCCGCAGCAGCGCUGCUGCCGAAGCGGCGGCGGCCAACGCAGCAGCUGCGGCCGCUGCCGCCGCCUCCGGUGACGGCGACGUCGACGUCGACGUCCUGGAGGAGCUCGACUGUCCGCUGACCAUCCAGCCGCCCACUCCACCGCCCACCCAAGCCAAAAACCUAUCCCACCCACCGCGGCUGGUUAUUCCGCGCAACGGAAGCAGUUUCCUGGAGACGCAGGACGAGAACGAGACGCCAGUGGCGUCCUGGUACGGCAUCGUCCUCUGCAAGGUGGCCAAAGACAAUAAACCGAAGCCCGAGACCAUUGAGAUAUUUUCUGUGAAAAUACGCGAGAAUGGCACAUAUAAGCUAAUCAAGAUGUCGUUGGCCGAUAUCUGGAGUCACGGAUGGGAGUUGCGCAUCAACAACUUUGCCGACAAGGAGAAGGUGCCGCACAACGAAAAGGACAUUCGCAAUCAGGUGUCGGUGGCGCGCAAGGCCAAGCAGAGUCUGUGGAACAACAACAAGCACUUCGUCUACUGGUGUCGAUAUGGGAGUCGUCAGCAGGAUCUGCGCAAGCGACAGAUGUCGGAGUGCGUGAAAUGGGGCAGCGUGGGCAUGAAUGCGGGCAUGCUGCUGGUGCUCAAUAAUCGCCAGAAAUGCUAUUCCCACUCAAAGUAACUAGCAAAAGAAAAAAAAAACCCAACCCAAAGCCACCCCCCAUAUGCCAUACUUCAUUUCGAUUCGAAAGAAAAGAAAUACCUUGCCCAAAAAACCAAACCACAGACCACAGACCACAGAGCGAUUUUAUACAGCAAACACAAGUAUUAAAGUAAAUUCGGAUGAUAAGAUAAUUUAUUGGCUAAGAACGCCAAGGGCAGUGGAAAAAAACCAAAUGCAAAUAUACGUAUAUAAGUGCAAAAAAAAAAUAAAAAUAAAAUAAAAGAGAGCCAAGAAAAUAUUCAGAUCAGGGCGAGGGCUUUUUGGCAGUAUUAAAAAUUAAGGUAAAAAUUUAAUAAAAGAAAUAAAAAGUGAAGAAAAGAUUAAGAUAAAGGUAGAGCAAAGCAGAGCAAGAAACAUGGCCCACAUCAUUAAGUCACAACACAACAAGACACAACAACAAUUACCACUACUACUACUACUACACUCCCGCCCAUGAUUGUAUAGCUGUUGCAACUCGAGCUGCAAUUUAUCAAAUACUUUUGUAUUUACAAUUGUGCAUAUGACACAGAACGAGAGAGAGAGACACACACACACUGUGAAAUUCGAAAAGACUUAUUAAAUAUUUGUUUGUUUUUUUUUUUUGCCCUAAUUUUUUGUUUUCAUGUGAUUAAAUACGUAUACAUAUUAUUAUAUUUAUACAUUGUGAAAAUGGCAAGCGAAUGCAAGUCAACAUUUUUUGUUUUCUUUGUUGUUUAAGCGUAGUUAAGAGAUCCACCCAAAGGGGCAGGAAAAUCAAUCGAUGAGAACUCUACGUAGCAGGCAUAAUUUAGCAUUGUAAAAAACAAUCAAACAUUCGAAAUGUUUCGUUAUGUAUUUAGCUCUACAUGACCGAUCGACCAAUGGACCGAGCGACAAGUAACACAAUGACUUAGAAACGAAACAAAAAUAUAUAGAAACGCAACAUCAAAGCAAAAACUGCAUAUUUUUGUAUAUAGGGAACCGGACGAUCUACUCGGACUCUCACAUAAAUAAACUCAAAGAAGACGCAACCCACAAAAACAGAAACAGAAACAGAGAGAAAAUUUACAAAAUUACAAUGGAAAAACGAAAACGAAAUCAGAACGCUAGUUCGUAAGCUUAAUAUACAUUAUUACUUAUUCUGUUUAAGUUUUGUAUUUUUUAAGCAAUUUAUAAAAUAUUUAUAGUAGUCUUAUAUACAUUUCGACAAUGUGGAAAAAAAUUCAAAUAUAAAACGUUUGUAAAAUGCUUUAUAUUGAUAUUAUUAUUAAAUGUUUACCAUCGGAUACAACAAAA